UAACAAGUUUGUUAGAGUGAGACGACAUAAUACAACUAUAACGGGGCAGAAUGAGAAAGCAAGUAAACUGUUGAUAGGAAAGAGAUGGUAAUGUGGAAUAAUCGUGUGCUAAAAAGAGACGAGUAUAAAACAGUGUCUACAACAUUAUUUCUUCUGUCAUGGUUGGUACGCAUGCGUCAUUCGAUUACGCCAGGACUGUAUUCAAAAGAAGUAAUAUAUUAUGCACUGUAUAUUUUAAGUAUUCAUACACAUUUGUUUACUUGAAGAGUCAAGGUCUCCCCAAAUUUGUUUAUUUUCUUUAUUACGCACAAACAUAUACUUCUACGAUUUCUUACUAUUCAAAAGUAUUAAAAAUCAUUUGGUGGAAGGUUUAAAAUAUAUUUUACGGCUUAAGUGUAGAAAGUGUCAUAUUGUGGCCAAAUCGUGAAAUAGUGCUAAACAAAUAAAAUAAUUUAAAGAAACUAUAAACUGUGUGUUAUAAAAUCGUAGUUUCAAGUGCAAGAAAAAAAACAAACCAUUACAAUACGGUCCUGGCAAAAUACAAUCAGCUGUUUGUAAUGACAGUUCCUCUGACAAAUACAAAAUGGUUGAAAACUAAAGUUGGCAAACAAAGAAAAGGCAGCGUAAUAGCGAAUUUUAACAUUAAAAAACGUUUUUUUUAAGUGAAAGUUAGUUAGUUUAGUUUGUGUUUAGUGUUUUGUGCACGAUGUUGGAUUUGGAAAUCGUCCCUGAACGCUCUCUGGGCUGUGAUGCCUGGGAAUUUGUUCUAGGGAUGCAUUUCUCUCAGUCAGUGGCCAUCAUACAGAGUCAAGUGGGCACAAUACGAGGAGUACAAGUACUAUAUAGUGAUCAGAACCCGUUAUCAGUAAACCUAGUAAUAAAUAUGCCUCAGGACGGCAUCCGGUUAAUAUUCGACCCGGUUGCCCAGCGGCUCAAAGUUAUAGAGAUCUACAAUAUGAAAUUAGUUAAACUUAGGUAUAGUGGCAUGUGCUUCAACUCGCCGGAGAUCUCGCCCUCCAUCGAGCAGGUGGAGCACUGCUUCGGCGCGACGCACCCCGGCCUCUACGACUCACAGCGCCAUCUGUUCGCGCUCAACUUCAGGGGCCUAUCCUUUUAUUUCCCUGUUGAUAGUAAAUUUGAGCCUGGCUACGCUCACGGGCUGGGCUCACUACAGUUCCCCAACGGUGGGUCGCCCGUAGUGUCGCGGACCACCAUCUACUAUGGAUCUCAACACCAGGCCAGCAGUACGGGCGCGGGCGCGGGCGGGGCCCCGCUGCCGGAGCUCCCGCUGUCGUGCUACCGGCACACGCUGCACCUGCGCCGCUGCGACGUGCUGCGCUCAGCUAGUGCCACGCACGGACUCCGCUUGCAUAUGUUCACUGAGGGCCCGGGUCGGUUGGAGGCGGGCUCCCGCUCCGUGUGCCGCGUGGUCCGCUUCGGCAGCUCGGCGCAGCGCGUGUGCGCGGCGCUGGGCGCGCCCGCCCGCACCUACUACAAGGCGGACGACAAGAUGCGCAUCCACCGGCCCACCGCCCGCAGGCGCCCGCCGCCCGCCAGCGACUACUUCUUCAACUACUUCACGCUGGGACUCGACGUACUAUUCGACGCUCGCACGCACCAGGUCAAGAAGUUCGUGUUGCACACAAACUACCCCGGACACUACAACUUCAACAUGUACCAUCGCUGCGAGUUUGAGCUCACCGUGCAACCUGACAAAUGCGAAGCCCACUCGCUGGUGGAGAGCGUGGGCGCGGUGGUGAUCACGGCGUACAGCAAGUGGGAGGUGGUGUCGCGGGCGCUGCGCGUGGCCGAGCGCCCCGUUGUGCUCAACAGGGCCUCCUCCACCAACACCACCAACCCCUUCGGCUCCACCUUCUGCUAUGGAUACCAGGACAUGAUAUUUGAGGUGAUGUCCAACAACUACAUAGCGUCGAUUACUCUGUACCAGCCGGAGGGCACCCGGCCGCGCUACGCCGUCAACUCCAUCGCGUGACAUAGCCAGGGAUCUCCAAGCAAAGGUAAAAAAUACACGUCCUGAACGAUUUCGGUUGUCAGUCACCACACAUAACCUACACCCAAGUGGUUCCCCACACAAACUCGAAAAUGUUCAACUUUCUAUAAAACUAACUUCACAUGAAGUGACUACAUAUCUUUACCACGAAGCACCUAAGAGGAAGCAGUAUUUUUAAAAAUGUGAUAAAAAAAAAACUGUGAAAAAAAAAACUCUAAAAAAGUGAGUGACGAUCUCAGACGGUGUGUUAAGUCUUAUUUAAUUCCUUACGGACAAUAGUUAAUGUUUUAUUUUUAAGCUUAAUUAAGUUGAAUGAACAUUGAUUUUUAAUAAUUAGUCAAAUGUGUUCUAAGUUGUACUUUAAUCUCAUGACGCAAGAACAUUUGACAGAAGUAUUCUUGCGUCAUGAUUUUACGCGGGAAUAUAAAUAGAAAAAAAAAACAAGAAAAAACUAGAAAUAGACUGUGCUGUAAAUAUUUUUGAGAAUUUGAUGAAAAAAUUAAAUAAUAAUAUGAAAUUGAUGUAUUUUUUCUAAAAAGAAAUGGUUUUUCGAUUGGUAUGAUGAUAGGUAGGUGUGUGUGAAAAAAAAUGUGCAAAAGAUUUUUUGUCAGCACCACAGAUUAUAUUUAUUUUGUGAGUUUUAUGUGUCAAAUGACAGAUAUAAUUUAUUUACGGCGGUGAUUUUUUUGAGCACUAAACUUGUCUUGGCUAUUGCUAUCCUUUUCCUUCCCAUGCGUGAGAAAGUGAGAAAGAAAUUCAGCCUUUUUAUUUUACUAAAAGAUUCUAAUCUUCACAGUUUGUGAUCAAAAGAAUCACCGCCAAUUUAUUUUGUUUCGUCCUUUUAUUUAAAAAGAAAAACGAGGUUAUAUUUAUUAAUAAAUAAAUAUAAAAUAUUGCCCGGAUAUUUGUUAUAAAUUAUUAUUUUUCCAAGAGCCUACGUGUUAGAAUCUUAGUAGUAUCGAGAGAAUAUUGAGAUAAUGGCUUUUAUGAACGCUUGUGAAGAUGUGUUCUUUGAGAAAUAUACUGGCCCUUAAUAAGUCACAUCUUUACAAAUAAACAUUGAUCACUUAAAUGUAUGGAUAUGACAAGUCUUAAUGUCGUCACAUACGAUCGACUGGUUAUUUGCAAGUUGCCUCUAUCACUGUAAAGUGGUACAUAGAGGCAUGGUUUGACACUUAAAGGUGAUUUCUUGAUCAGUGUCAUUCUUGAAUACUAUUCGUGGAUAUUUAAGAAUUUCACUUUUUAAAAUAUAGCUUGUUAACUAAUACAAUUUUGCAUCAAGUGACAGAGUCAUGUCAUUUUCAUACAUUUAAGUAAUUUCAAUCUUCGCUGUAGGAAUGUGAUCUGUCAGGGGCCGUUGUGUGGACGCCAAUGAAUACUUUAAAUAGUCACAAAAUAGCCCAAGGGAAAUGGCUUCCUAAAUUCAAGAUGUGGUCUAUUAAUAAAGCAUGUUUCAUCUGACGGCUAUUAAAUGUUGAAAUACUGAUUUUUGAAGUACAAAAUUUAUUUUAAAUUAGUCACGUAUUUUUUUUUAUUGUUAUAAAUUAGUGAUGUCGCACUAAACGUUUAGUGAUGUGGUUUACGUGUUGUUUUAGAAAAAAAAAAAUAUAAUUUACGGAAUUUUAUUUUUUUGAAAUUGUAAUUUCUAAGGUUAGGUUUUUAAGAUUAUAAAUGGUUUCAGUACGUAAUGGUUGAUGGGGCAAACUACGUCCAAUUUCAAAAGCAAUAAAAACAAUGUUAAUUUCAGUUCGAUUUUCAAGUAAGUGUCUGCAAUUUUUUUGCCUGUUUUUCGGUCGGAUGGAUUUUAACUAAGCCGUUUUCAUUACACUGCCAUUGUGAAACAACUAGACCAGUGGCAAGCGCUAUCAGUUGACACACGCUGUUUACAUAGACCUAAAGUUUUUGAUAUCAAACCUCUUUGGUAUGCUUGAAGUUUAUAGUGCCAAUGACGUUUUGUUUGUGUAUUCAUGUCAUUUCGGUAAUAAAUGAGCUUAUAAUGUAGGCUACAAAUGGGAGGCGGUUGUGAAGUUUUACUAAACUGCUGUUACGGCAAUAUGACACUUUAGCUUUGGUAAGGUUUAAAUGUUGCUUAGAUUUGUAUUUGAACCGUUUAUAAGGUACUUUAAUAGAGAUUAAACUGUAAAUUGUACAUAAUUUAAGAGAAAUUGUUUGUGUAUAAAGUUUUAACAUCAAUAUCUUGAUUACAUUUUCAUGUUUGUCGUAAGUAGUUUUGAAAAACGCCAAAAGAUGGCGUUAGUAGUUAGAAAUGAAAUAAAAUAAACUAUUUGUUUUGAUACUCUGUUUUACAAUAUAAACGGUUCAAAAGAAAAAUUAGUAUGUUUGUUUAUGCACAAUAUGUCACUUGUGUGAUUGUCAAGUAAUGGCUGUGGUGCCAUAUAACAAGAAAAAAAAAUAAAAAAUUGACAUAAUACAAUAAAAAAAGUAUUAAAUUUAAGGUAGCUUAUGCUACAUUUUAGUUAUGUGUGUGCGGAUAUUUUGAUAAUAUCGUACUUCUGUUCUGUUUGUAUUCGUUUUAGGUUGGGGUCGUGUUAGGGUUGAUUCUCUUUAUCAACCCUGUCUAGUACUUCAUAAUGAUUGAAGUUUAAAAUCCUGGCAAAGCCGAUUGUAAAUAAAUGAAAUACUCUGAGAAAUAAAAUUACAAGCUCUUUUUUGUAAUUAGGACUUAGAAUAAAAUACCUUGCAUGUACAAAUAAAAAUAAAACCGGGAAAGGCGGGAAGUUGUCUGUCAAAAAUAUACGCACACACGUUAACACAAUUAUUUUUAUAACGAUUAGCUUAUUUCGUCACUCGAUGACGUGUAUCAAUUCAUUACGUCACAUAAUGUAUAUAUAACUAUGUCAGCCUUGUUGGUUAUGCAGUGAUUAACAAUAAAUCUCAUUUAAAGCUUUGCAAUAUCAAUGUCAGAACAUCAUGGCGGCGAUGUUCAGUUUUUUUUUAUUCGAACUUCAGGCCAUGUUACCUACAUUCAGCCACGUUUGACAUGAAUGUUAAACCUUUUUGGAGUUGGGAUGCGUUUUAUUAUUUUAUGUAGCGAUCUAUAGCGUACAUAUAGCAUAGGAUAUAGCGUAGUUAACAAUUCUCAAUUCUAAAAAGGUUUGAUAAUCAUAAUUUUAAUUUAAACUAUUCCAAAAUAAAUACACUAUUUGAAUUGUGUUUCUAAUAUUUUGAUCUGUGUUUUUGUAUCUGAGGUGUGAUAAAUUACAUCAAGUUAAUGAUGAAGCUGUCUAUAAACACUCUUGAAAGCCACAUAAACACUCGAAUACGAGAUUACAAUAACCUACAUUAAUUAUUUACUUAUGAUAUGGAUUUAUUUAAAAAGGUAGAAGCACUAAAAAGGCUGACAUAACCUCGUAUAAUAUACCCUAUCUUUAGCUUGUGUAUUAUACGUGUAGUAGCGUUAUAUUAUGCAUUUAGAAAUACAUACAGCCUUUACGAAUAGUGGAUAGAAGGCCCACUCACGUUUAGAUUAUAUAAAGGGACAUAGACCACAGUAACACAUGUCCGCACGCAAAUAAUAUUUAAAAGUAUUUUUGUGCGAUGCGCGCGGAAAAUUGUAAAUAUGAAUCAUUCUGUAACAAUGGCCGCUAUUAGAAUAUUUAGGGCUAAGUGUUCGUUUAAGCAUAAGAUUACCUCCAUCAUGCGCUUCGGUGAACAUUUUCUGAAGUAAUAAAAUUGAAAAUGGCUGACCUUUUUUGUCAAAUAAUCGUUUCAAGUCACACUACUGCUUUUUAAGUAAUAAAGCACCAAUAAAGUGAUCAAAAAGGGUUACUAAAUUGGUUGCGAUCAUCAGUCUAGCGUAUUUUAAUAGAGGUCAUUGUUCUGUAGUCUUCUCAUUAAAAAUAUGUGAAUAGAAUGAUCUCUUUUCGUAAAUCGAUCUCGUUUGAAAAUUCGUUCUAAUUACAAUUUUUCCCCCGCCAUUUUGUGGACAAUGUUUCUCACGCAAUUAAUAAUUACGUAUGCGGUUUUCAUAACGAAAUAAGGUGACGAAUAUAAAGUGCGUGGAUUUAAUUUUAUUUUUAAAUAAUAAAAUGUGAAUCCGCGCGAAUGUUUUUGCAACGCUCGAUUAUUAUCAAUUGGUAUGCGUAAAAUCGCAAAUAUUUAUUUACUUUCUAAAGUUAUUUUUACUAUUACUUAUUUCUCAUAAGUCUUUUUCAUAUCAUUGAAAUGAUAAUAAUUUGUAAUUUUGUAGUAUGUUCAAUGUUUCCAAUUAGAAAUACUUUAUAAAAAUUAGUUAAGCUCUAAUUUGUAUUUUAUUUAUGACACGCCCUAAGGCUCUUUGUAAAGAUUUUGUCUUUGAUAAAAAAUAUUAUUGGCUACUAAUGUAUCUAUAAUUCAUUAUUAAUAGAAUAAACUAUAAAAAAUACGUUUUUGUACAUUUUAAUGCAUAGGUAAGCAAAAAAUCUGUAAUUAUUUUGCUUAUUAUUACCAGAUCUGUUAUCUAUGACUAUAUUAUGGUCUAUUAAACUUUAUAUAAUUUAAGUGUUUAUAUUUUAAGUAGUAACAAUUAUAAAGAGGCAUAAUACAUCCAUUUUAUGUAUAGACAUGUUACUGUGUUGGUGCCAGCAUUUAUAAGAAAAAAAAAACCAUUAUGUCUGUCACUGUGAACUUUGACAUUUGUCAUGUGGCUUUUUGUUUCAAAGUUGGUAUAACUGUUGGUACCAACAUCAGAACCUGAAUACCAAUAAAGUGACUUUCGCAAGAGCCUGUCUCCUAUAGCCAAUUUUUUAUUUCCUGGAAAAAUUGUUAAUGAAAUCGUUAUUGCUUUUUAAAUUGAGUAAUUUGUAUUGAAUUUUACCGCACUAGGUGUUUUAUUAUUAGAAAUUGAUUUAAUUCGGAUUAGAGAGCAAUAAAAGAUAUUGAUGCA